GCUACCUUUAAGCAAUUACUACGCAGCAGAGAACUAUAUUGAUUUUUUUUUAUGUUACAAAUUCCGAGACUAUAAAAUGCUUCUAUUCAUUUUCAACUUUAUGCAAUGAAUAUUCUAACUCUCUAUUAUGUUUGACUUCGUCACACUAUUUGAUAUUUGAAACUCGAUAUUUCGCGCAAGCACAAGGGAGAAGGUAUGUGACACGGUGUAAGGCGAAAGAAGAAGAUGAGGAGAAAUACGACUAAAUAACUUAACCAUUUUGUUACUCUGAAGAGGAUCGGGUCAUCCUUUGGAGAUCAUUGUUUAGCGUUCAUAUCUGCUUCUUGCAUGAGAUUUGAUUAUAGACAAAAUCUCACGUGGAACCCUAGGGAAAUCGUGCGGGGUGGCCUAACGUUAUCCUCUCCGAGUCGGACAAAAUCGACUCAAAUUUUUUAGGGAUUGAAUAUAAACGUACCUCAAGAUGUCGAUGCCACCCAAGAAGGGAAAAGACACAAAGAUGCGCAUUCGGGCUUUCCCGAUGACCAUGGAUGAAAAAUAUGUUAACAAUAUUUGGGCAUUGUUGAAAAAUGCAAUUCAAGAGAUACAGAAAAAGAACAAUAGCGGACUUAGCUUUGAGGAGUUAUACCGCAAUGCAUAUACCAUGGUGCUACACAAACAUGGGGAAAAAUUGUACACUGGCUUAAGAGAAGUUGUGUCUGAACAUUUAGUAAAUAAGGUGAGAGGUGAUGUAGAACAGGCGCUGAAUAACAAUUUCCUACAGACUCUGAACAGUGCUUGGAAUGACCACCAGACCUCUAUGGUUAUGAUCAGAGAUAUCCUCAUGUAUAUGGACAGAGUUUAUGUGCAACAAAAUGGAGUUGACAAUGUCUACAAUCUUGGGUUAAUAAUCUUCCGUGACCAAGUGGUACGCUGUCCAGUGAUUCGAGAUCAUCUGCGACAGACACUGCUAGAGAUGGUGGCCAGAGAGAGAAAGGGGGAGGUAGUAGACAGGUCAGCAGUGAAGAAUGCGUGUCAGAUGCUGAUGGUGUUGGGUAUAGACUCCAGGACUGUGUAUGAGGAGGACUUCGAGAGGCCUUUCUUGGAACAGUCUGCAGACUUCUACAGGCUUGAAAGUCAGAAGUUUCUUGGAGAGAACAGUGCGUCUGUGUAUAUAAAGAAAGUGGAGGCUCGAAUCAAUGAAGAGGCAGAGAGAGCAAGACACUACUUGGACAAAUCCACAGAGGAACAUGUCGUCAAGGUGUUAGAAGAUGAACUGAUCUGUCAACAUAUGAAGACAAUAGUGGACAUGGAGAACUCUGGAGUGGUUCAUAUGCUCAAAAAUAAUAAAACAGAAGAUUUGGCAUGUAUGUACAAACUUUUCAUUAGAGUCCCCAGUGGACUGAAAACAAUGUGUGAUUGUAUCAGCUCCUACCUACGAGAGAAGGGAAAGGCCUUGGUACAGGAUGAAGAUAAAAAUGCCAUCACAUACAUACAGAGUCUGCUUGAUCUCAAGGACAGGUUUGAUCACUUCCUGUAUGAGUCUUUCAGUGAAGACAGGGAGUUUAAGAAAAUGAUAUCUGGUGAUUUUGAAUACUUCAUCAAUCUCAACUCCAAAUCUCCAGAAUAUUUGUCAUUAUUUAUAGAUGAUAAACUGAAGAAGGGUGUCAAAGGGAUGUCAGAGCAGGAAAUAGAACAAGUGUUAGACAAAAGCAUGGUCCUGUUUAGGUUUUUGCAAGAGAAGGACGUCUUUGAGCGUUAUUACAAACAACACUUGGCCAAACGUCUUCUGCUCAACAAGAGUGUGUCUGACGACUCCGAGAAGAACAUGAUUUCUAAACUGAAGACUGAGUGUGGUUGUCAGUUCACAUCCAAGCUGGAGGGAAUGUUUAAGGACAUGACGGUGUCCAACACUACCAUGGAUGAAUUCAAAGGACAGGUACAGACAUCCAAUACACAUCUCCAUGGCGUUGACCUGUUUGUGAGAGUGUUAACCACAGGGUUCUGGCCCACACAGUCCGCCACACCCAAGUGUAACAUUCCCCAGGCACCAAGGAUGGCCUUCGAAGCUUUUAGAAGGUUUUACCUUGGCAAACACAGUGGCCGCCAGCUGUCCUUACAGCCCAACCUGGGCUCUGCUGACCUGAACGCCACCUUCUAUGGCAGUAAGAAAGAGGAGGCAGAGGCCAGUGGUGCCAGCAGUGCGUCCAAGGGGGGCCCCAGGAAGCACAUCAUUCAGGUGUCUACAUACCAGAUGUGUGUCCUGAUGCUGUUCAACAACACAGACAGGUGGACAUAUGAGAGGCAUCUCAUGUGUUUAGUGUGAAUGACCAGUUCACAUCCAAGCUGUUUAGGGUGAAGAUCCAGACAGUUGCUGCCAAAGGGGAAUCAGAACCAGAAAGGAAAGAAACGAGGAGCAAAGUUGAUGAAGACAGAAAACAUGAAAUAGAAGCUGCUAUAGUCCGGGUGAUGAAGGCCAGGAAGCGGAUGCAACACAACGUCCUGGUAUCUGAGGUAACAGAACAGUUAAAAGUACGGUUUCUUCCUAGUCCAGUGGUGAUCAAGAAGAGGAUAGAAGGUCUUAUAGAGAGAGAAUAUCUAGCCAGGACACCAGAAGAUAGAAAAAUUUACAAUUACGUGGCAUAGGGAAAUGCCGUAGCUUACAGACUAUGGAAUUGUAAUGUGACAGUGUCACAGACAGACUUCAGUGCUCAUAAGACACUUCUCAUCAAAGAAGAGGAGCAACAGCAAGAGAUAAUUUUGUUUUAUUCUGGGUCAUCCCCCAGCAUUUGGACAUAAAGUCUGGAACUGGUGGAUACAUUCUGUUUGUUGGUGUUGACAUCAUUACAUCACUGACUGACAAGUGGAUUAAUGCGGUUUCCAUUUAGAAAUUCGUCUUUGGUGGAACUGAAGUUAUAUGGACUGUUAUUGUGAAGGGGUCAUUGUUUCCAGUGUUAGAGAGAGUUCUUAAUUUAUUUCCUUACAAACCUCUCUUGUUGCCAGAGAGCAGCUAGCAAAUGGCAGCUCUGCCUCCAGGUGAAUUUGUUUGGGGAGUUGCAGACAUGGUGAUGAUGUUCCACAUGUGCAGCCCUUUAAAAUGAUAUGGCGAAUUGUGCCGCCCAACCUGUCAAUCAUAUACAGAGUAAUUUAGCUGCCAGUUGCCAUCUUUGCUGUCGUUAUUUCUUUUUGCAUGCUGCAAAUCAGACCAGGCCGGCCUAGGAAAUCUUACUUAAAGUGUCUACACUUAAAGUCUGUUAAAUCUUGCCUCCUCACUUGUUAAUGAAUGCAAGGCCAAUGGUUGUUUGACCAAAGGAAGUGUUACAUAUGCUUAUCUUCAUGAACACUGGGUUGAGAUUGGCUUCCUAUGCCUGAACUUCAGCAAUUGCUUGUGCUUUGCUCCGUAAGGAUGUUGACAGUGCCAUUUGAUUCUGAAGCAGUGAAGACAAUUUUCUCAUGGCAGGGUGCCAUGUGGGAUUUGAAAAAAAGAGCCCCAUAUAAAUAUAUAUAAAUGUGUAUAUUUUUUGGGGGAAAUUUACAUGUGCAUUUUAUUUCAUGUGUAGAUCA